AAUUUUUGUCAAUAAAUGGGAUUGCGCGCUGCGCGCCAAUGUUCGUUUUGCCUUUUCUUUCGUUGCCCUCAAAAACCAAUUUAUUUUUGCUUCAAGCAAAUUAAAUUCCCAUUAUGAGUAUAUUAUUCAAAAGUAAUCAUUGUUGUGUAAUAGAUCACUCAGAUUAUAUUCUUAACCUAUACAAAAAAAUUGUGGUAUCUGAGCAAGAAACUGAAACCUUUGCGCUUGAUCUAAAGUUAUUUUCGAUAAAAUCCGAAAACAAAUCAUCAAACAGAAAAAGAAAACACAGUUCUGAAGAUGCGCAGAUUGAAUUUAUUUUUUUACAGUUAUCAGUAAAAACUAAAUUUGAGAAUUUAUUAAAAGAAAUACCCGAAGAGAUUAAGACAAAUUUACACAGAAAAUAUAAUUUAUUAGAUACACCAGCUGUGAGAGACCUUUCGAAGCGAUAUUUUGAAGCGACUGUAUUUGAUCACAUAGGAAUAAAUGGUGGUAACAAUUCAGAUCGGCCAUUAAAAUGUAAAAUUAAAGAAGAGUACUUUUUAAUACCACAUAAAUCAAGAUUUUUCUGUGGGUCAAUAACGGAACAAUGUGAGAAAUUAAAUGGAUCUAAGUUUGACAUAGUGAUUGCUGAUCCUCCUUGGUGGAAUAAGUUUAUACGGAGGUUAAAGAAUGCCAAUGAUAAACUAAGCUACAAAAUGAUGUAUAAUGAAGACAUAGCGUCUAUACCAGUCAAAAACCUCCUUGCCCCGAACGGCCUUGUGGCUGUAUGGUGUACCAACUCUCCGAGCAGCAUCACAGCUGUUAAGGACCUGAUCUUUCCAUCAUGGGGAGUGGAGUACGUAGCAAUGUGGCAUUGGAUGAAGGUUACUAUAGAUUUGGAACCUAUGUGUGCCUUUGGAAUGGGAUGUAAGAAACAGCCAUAUGAGAGACUGAUGAUUGGCAAAGUUGGACAGCUGGAGAAAGUUCCAGAGAUCAUGUUUAUGAGUGUUCCAAGUGCAUUGCAUUCUCAUAAGCCUCCUUUACUGGAUUUACUACAACCUUACAUAAAUGUAGAGAAUCCUCAAGUGCUGGAAUUAUUCGCAAGAUACCUCCUGCCCGACACAACCAGCGUAGGCUAUGAACCUUUGAAAUGGCAACAUAUAUCACUGUAUCAGAAUGUUAGCUGACAAUAAACUUUACUUUAAGGUAA